UAUCUGGUAGAUAAUAGAAAUACCAUUAAUGCCAACCAAAUUAAAGUUGAAACAAUGGAAUGGAUUUUGCUUGAAUUGAACAAAUCUAGGAAUGGAUUUUCCGUAUAUCCGAUUAAUGUCAACCAAAUUAAAGAAUUCAAAUCUUGGAAUGGAUUUUCCGUUAUCUGAUUAAUGUCAACCAAAUUAAAGUUUAAACUCUUUCCUCAAGAUUGUUGCUUUUGUCUAGUUGUGGAGUUUGUUCUAAGUGUUGAAUGAAGGAGAGAUUAGUGAUUCAUAAGUGAUUAAUUGAUUUGUUUGGGACACAAAGUUGAGCAUCUGGAUUGGAGCAUAGUUAAGAGAGGCAUAUAGAUAUUCUGUAAAAUCCUUCACUGAAAAUUUUUUACCAAAAUUUAUGUCUUCCCACUGGAUAGUUUGUCAAAUGGUUCGCAGGUAGAUAAGAAUGCAGCGUUUUCUGAUCAGUAAGUUUAUUUGAGGAUGGGGUUUUCCAAUUUUAUCACAUAGCAUUUAUCAUUAUGCCAGGAAUUCAUACAUGAGACAUUAAAAUAACUAUUGGAAUUAUAUCCACUACAGAUACCCUAUAUAUUACAAAACAAUCCUUUGUAGUUAUGACAAAGAUGCAUAUAUUUAUUACAAAACAGAGAUACAGUGAAUCAAUUUCUGACAUUAUACAUAUAAUAAAUUAAUAAUUAAUAUGAACGAACAGAGAAAUAAAUUAUGGUAAUGAUUUAACCCCGUAAAUCUUAUCGACAAAUUCGGUGAAAAAAUGUUUAAAAAGCUCUUUUCUUCAUCAUCCGCAAAUAUCCAACUACGUCAUAUUCACAUUCAAAUUCUUUUAGAACUUGUGAUCUGUAGUGGAAGGAGUAUUGAUUCGAUUCGAAGAAUAUAAACUACACAUUUCACAAUUCUGAAAAUGCUCUCGUAAGUCUGCAGAGUGGAAUCUUCCAUGGAGAAAUGCGAAGAUAUUGUGGUUGUAGGAGGGGGCGUUGCAGGGCUAGCCACUGCACUUGCUCUCCAUAGGGUGGGGUUGAGGAGCCUGGUACUUGAGCGUGCUGAUUGCCUUCGAACUGCUGGCGCUGCCUUCAUGAUGUGGCCUAAUGCCUGGAAAGCACUUGAUGCUCUCGGCGUAUCAGAUUCCCUUCGCCCAUUUUACUCUCAACUUGACGGGAUUCGGGGCUCUUCAAUUUGCACCGGUGUCUGCAAGAAUGUCCCCCUCAAAAGUGGAGGCAAAGGGGAUUCAAGCAUGAAACUGGAAUCUCGGUGCAUAGAGAGAAUGGCACUUUUGGAAGCGCUAGCCAAGGAAUUGCCUGUGGGGAGCAUCAGAUUCAACUCCAAAAUCGUUUCCCUACACAGAGACACAAUCUCUCCAUUCACCACACUAGAGCUUGCAGAUGGAAGAUCCCUCACAGCAAAGAUUGUGAUAGGAUGCGAUGGAGUAUACUCAGUGAUUGCGAGAUGGAUGGGCCUCCCACCGCCCAAAACAACCGGACGCAUUGCCAUUAGGGGCAUGGUCACAUAUACAGAAGACCAUCAUUUCGAGAAGCUCAUGUUACAAGUUUGGGGUAAAGGAGUGAAGGCAGGGUUUAUCACUUGCACCGACAAAAAAGUCUACUGGUUUGUAACUAGGAGAUCCCAUCCACAAGAUGCAGAGAUCUGUGGGGAUGCUGAGAGGGUUAUGCAUGCAGCUCUGGAGAUGGUUAGAGAUUUCCCUGAGCCCAUUGCAGAACUAAUAAAGUCGAGCCCAGUGGAGACCAUUAAUAUGGCAGAUCUGAAGGUGAGGUGGGUUUGGCCAUGGGAGUGGGGAAGAGGGGUGGAAAAGGGAAAGGGAAGCGUAACCAUUGUUGGAGAUGCAUUGCACCCAAUGAUGCCUGAUCUCGCUCAGGGCGCCUGUAUGGCUCUAGAGGAUGCUGUCCAUCUGAGCAGAUGCUUAGAACAAGUCAUCAAAUCUGUAAACAUGGCGGAUUGGGGAAAAGCCCAGGCGGAAAAGAUAGAAACCUGUUUCAACAAAUACCUACAAGAGAGGAGAUGGCGAGUAUCUGGUAUUGUAAGUGUUGCAUUUGUGAUGGGAUUUGUACAGGAGGGAUCCUCAAGACUUGAGCGUUUUGUUCGUGAUUGGAUUUUCUUCCCUUUAUUCUCUAUGCGAUAUCUACUCUACUUUGUACACUCUUGACAUUGGAGCCCUCUGCCCAACUCUUACCUGAAAAAAGUCGAGCUCCAUGGUCCAGAAGAAUCUACUACAAAUUAGAAGACGUGAUCCAUGAGUGGAAGUUUUAUAAGCAGUUGUUUGCAUGGUUUGUUAUGAUUUAGCAUUUUCAAGUUUCAAAGACGAAUGAUGUUCUUGUUCUUAGAUGUAAAUGUGAAUGUCUUAGCUGUUGGAAGGAAAUGGUAUAUCCUAUAUUUUCUUUCACAUUAGUAUUCUAUAAUAUGUGAUUUGAGUUUCUUAUUUUUUUUCUCAUCAAUUCGAAUCUCUCUAUAAUUUAUCAUCAA